UUCCACCCGUGUUUUGGGCAGUACGGGCCACCGUAGAACAUCUACCACGGUCUUGUUUUCAAAUUGUUCACAUGGAUGUAAGAGCAACGUGUCUAAUAUAAUCAAAUAUUGCUUGGUUUCCAUAAUGGCAACAAUGAAUGUCCAACCAACGAACCCAAACAACCCUAUAGUGUUCUUUGAUGUGACCAUCGGAGGACAGGACGUGGGCAGAGUGAAGAUAGAACUGUUUGCUGAUAUCGUUCCCAAGACUGCAGAGAACUUCAGGCAGUUUUGCACAGGCGAAUUCAGAAAAGAUGGAGUCCCUAUCGGCUACAAAGGCUGCACAUUCCACCGGGUUAUAAAGGACUUCAUGAUCCAGGGAGGCGACUUUGUGAACGGGGAUGGCACUGGCGUGUGCAGCAUCUACAGGGGUCCGUUUGCGGAUGAAAACUUCAAAGUGAAGCAGUCUUCCCCAGGUCUCCUGUCCAUGGCGAACAGCGGUCCCGGAACAAAUGGCUGUCAGUUUUUUAUCACGUGUACCAAAUGUGACUGGCUAGAUGGAAAGCACGUGGUUUUUGGCAAAGUGGUCGAUGGCUUACUGGUCAUGAGGAAGAUUGAGAACGUUCCCACGGGACCCAACAACAAACCCAAACUGCCCAUCCUCGUAGCGCAGUGUGGGGAGAUGUAAUCAUUCCCGUCGACGGAACCAUGCCAAGCCUUUUUUUCUUGGCAUACAUUUUCCACAAGUGAUUGAUUUUGUAUUGUUUGUUUUUUCCAUCUGAAAUAAUCAAAAUUGAUGUGUACCGAUUUGCUUUGUCCAUGUCUAUUUUGUUGCUGGCCUAACAUGGGAAAUUAUUUUUGUAACUCCUGUGUAGAACCUAAAUUGUGAUAAUAAAGUGAUUCCACAUUUUUAUAAACCUCUUGUUGGAUUUAUUUCUUGA